ACAAACUACGGACACUCCGGAGAGACAAACAAGAGGCGUUUUCCACUAUCGCUCACCUUUAGCAGCUAGCAGCUUAAACUUUAAUAUGGCAUCGUUUAUAAUCAAACCUGCUCACCUCCGGUGUGUUGUAAGGACAAGCAGGCUUAUAAACGAGCUACGGACAAGAAACGCCUUGUGUUCAGACAGAAGUUAUGCCACUGAAGGAGACAUCAGGGUACCCAAAAUAUACACCAAAACUGGAGACAAAGGUUUCUCAAGCACAUUUACAGGAGAAAGGAGGCCAAAGGAAGAUCAUAUUUUUGAAGCCUUGGGGAAUACAGAUGAGCUGGCAUCAGCUAUAGGCUUGGCCAGAGAAUUUUGCCUCGACAAAGGUCACACGUUCACAUAUCAGCUGGACAAGAUACAGUGCAUUUUACAAGACGUGGGCUCCAAUAUUGCCACCCCUCGAUCAUCUGCAAGAGACAGUCACAUAAAGAGAACAAAAUUUACAGCUCAGCCAAUUGCAGACCUGGAGACCUGGAUUGAUGAAUUCACAGAAGAACUCCCUCCGCUGACCAACUUCAUUUUACCUUCUGGAGGGAAGGGCAGCGCAGCUUUGCACUUGGCUCGUACAGUGUGUCGCAGAGCAGAACGCAGUGUUGCUCCAAUUGUUCGGUCAGGCGAGGCAGAUCCAGAUGUUGCCAAGUUUUUGAACAGAUUGAGUGACUACCUGUUCACCGCGGCCAGAUAUGCAGCUAUGAAAGAUGGCAACGAGGAGAAAAUCUACAAAAGACCUGAAUGACCAGAUUUUCACAUGAGCAAAAAGGCACAGGCCCAAUUUGUUUUUGGGGAUGGUUGGUGUUGCAGAGAUUUCACUUGUAUUGUUAUUAUAUAUCAAUAAAUAUGAAUGAUGUCCAAUAUUGUUUUCUUAUAUAAAAAAAAUAAACCAUUCAGCCAAUAAA